CCCGGCCUCCCCACAACUUCCCGCCUAGCCGAGUCCCUAGCCGCGUUGGGCCGGGUCGGGAGCCUGGCCGUGUCCUUCGUCAUCUCCUGGCCCCGCCGGCAUGCAGGCCCCGCCGCGGGAGCACCUGUACAAGCUGCUGGUGGUGGGCGACCUGGGAGUGGGCAAGACCAGCAUCAUCAAGCGCUACGUGCAGCAGCGCUUCUCGGCGCACUACCGUGCCACCAUAGGCGUGGACUUCGCGCUCAAGGUGCUGCGCUGGGACGCCAACACUGUGGUGCGCCUGCAGCUCUGGGACAUCGCGGGUCAGGAGAGAUUUGGAAACAUGACAAGGGUCUACUACCGUGAAGCCAUGGGUGCAUUCAUCGUCUUCGAUGUCACCAGGCCAGCAACCUUUGAAGCAGUGACCAAAUGGAAGAGUGAUCUGGAUGCGAAAUUGAGUCUCCCCAAUGGCAAGCCAGUUUCUGUCGUAUUGUUGGCCAACAAGUGUGACCAAGGGAAGGAUGUGCUUCUGAACAAUGGUCUCAAGAUGGACCAGUUCUGCAAGGAGAAUGGCUUUGUGGGCUGGUUUGAGACUUCUGCCAAGGAGAACAUCAACAUUGAUGAGGCCUCACGUUGCCUGGUGGAGCACAUCCUGGCCAGCGAGUGUGACCUCCUGGAGUCCAUAGAGCCAGAUGUGGUAAAGCCCCACCUCUCUUCAGCUAAGGUGGUCAGCUGCUCUGGCUGUGCCAAGACCUAGAGGUCCCCAGCAGUUCCCCUUACUUCACCACCAUGCCUCAGUGCUGCCCAGAAGGAUCCAGCCAGGAAAGGAAGAUCCCUAUGGCCAGCUGAAGAUCAUCCACAGGAGACAUAAACAAAAACAUCUUUCUUGUGUGUUCCCAUAUCAGCACCAUGUUCACCAGCUCUUACAAUAUUUAGUCUGUGGGAGAGGGGAGGCACACCCAGAAGAGUACUCUAGCUACCAUGCCAGAAGAACAGGGUUCAAGCCCCUAGUCCCCACCUGUAGCAUGGCAGCUUCAGGAGCGGUGGAACAGUUCUGCAGGAAUUUCUCUUUCCACUUCUUUUCUCAUCUUCCCUCUCCAUCUCUCUCUCUCUCUCUUUCUCUCUCUCUCUCUUUCUCUCUCUCUCUCUCUCUCUCUCUCUCUCUUUCAUCCUCUAUAACAGUAAAAGAAAAAAAAAACAGUGACUGGGAACAAUAGAGUUAUGCAGGCACUGAGACCCAGAGAUAACCCUGGUGGUGGAAAUAAUAAUAAUAA